UAGAGGGAUUACAUGACUCUGGAUGGGUUUGUGUCAUAAAUUCCCAAGAAAGACAGAAAACAGAGUAGAGCGGCGUGGAGACAGACACUCAGUCGCUCCGUGAGUCUUGCAUUUCUGUCCGACUAUUGGCCAGGAGGAUUAAAGGGGGGAGUGCAGCUGGAGAGGUAAGGGUCACUGAUGCUCAUCCUGGAGGAGGAAUACUGGUGACCGAUGCAGAGGGAAAAGACAAAGAGGGUGGUGACACGGAGCAUCCGUUCAAGAUGGAGCAACCAAAAUCAAGCUUUUUGAUUAAGGUUAAUCGAGGAUUGUAGGAUUAGAGGACUGCAAGAAGUGACAAGUGAAAGUGUUGCUUUACUGCUUGCUUUGUGGCAGUUACCUUGUGUUUGACCUGAAGCACCACAAGGGACAAGAAAAAGGUCUUUGGGGCUGUGGGCUGACACUGUGGGAGACAUUGCACGAGAGAGUCAGCCAACAUGAGUCCAGCAGUGGAGUUCAUAAUGAGCGGCAGGUUCCUUCCUGAGUGUUUUAAUCAGGAAGCAGGAAGAUAUUAGCCUGAGCCACAGGGGAUCACACAUUUCUUAUUCCUACAUAACCCCUCCUUAUAAACACAGAGAGAGGAGCUAUGAGACCUCAGGUAGUUUAAUGACUCAAGGGGCAUUCAAGAAAGUUAGAUGUCACCAUAUGGACACCCUGGGAAUAGCCUUUGUGUGUCCCAUUCAGCCAUUUAAUACCACAUUCUUGCCAGGUGAUGAAUUGCCUUUAAGGAUAUCCUCUAUCUCUACAACUCUUAAUGAUUAAUUCUAGUAUUUUUAAAUAACCUUGUGCUUUUUUCGGUUCAGUCACACUGAUCUAAUAAGUGCACACAAGUGCUGAGUGUACACAUGCUGAGGUCAGGGGGUGACAUAUCACAUUAAAGCUGUCUGGCCAGCAUACGAUUAUGUCCCUGCAUCCUACCUUACCCUCCCAGUGUGAGCCAUCGUCCACCUGAAUCCCAUCUUGUUAAUUUUUGCGGUCUGUCUCUCCUUUCCCACGUGUAUCAACUUCAGAGCAUCUUAGCCCGCUCCCUCCCCUCUGCUCUCUUCAUCUUCUUCUCUUUUAAUCACGCAACUUUACACUAUCACUUUGUCAGCUGUGUUUGUCCUCUUCUACCGGUAGUGUUACAUCACGUUUAUCUUUGCUUUCCGUUUCAACCUGGCAGCUCAUCCCCUCUUAAAACCACCCCAAAGCAUCUGUCCAUCUGUGACUGCGGUCAUACCCUGUGUGCUGUUUGUCCUCUUCCCAAGUGCCGCGUGCCCCUUCUGCCCCCUUUUUGCCAUACUUUCUCCCUCUGUCUCUCUCUGGCCUCCCCCUGCCUCCCACCUCUCCUGUGUGGCCAUGCUGGAGCGUAUGUCCCGUCGCUCUCGCUCUCUGCUCUCCCUGACCUUGACCUCUCUGGCUCUGGCCCUGUCCAUCCUGGCUCUAUGCACCUCUUACUGGUGUGAGGGCACUCACAAGGUGGUCAAGCCCCUCUGCCUGUCACCCGUCAAAAUGAAGAACUGUGGUCAAAACAACAGCGAGCCUUACACCACAGAGAGUCCCACUCAGAACCCUUUCAACCGCACACUGUCCCCAGCCAGGAGGGACGAGCUGGCCAAGAUCAGACAGAGGCAGCUGGCCAACGCGGUCCACUAUAUCUGGGAGACAGGCGAAGACAAGUUUGCUUUUAGAUACUUCCACACUGGUUUCUGGGAAAGCUGUGAGAAGCACAGCGAUGGGGAGAAGUGUCGAAGCUUUAUUGAGUUAACCCCAGGAGAAACACAAGGUGUGCUCUGGCUGUCAGUUAUUUCAGAGUUUACAUACAUCGGCCUGCUGGGGAUGGGCUUCUUACUGAUGUGGCUGGAAGUCUUGUGUUCCCAUAAGGAGAUGCACUCGCUGAAGAUCAAUGCCUAUGCAGCUAUCUGUACUGUGCUAUCAGGUCUUCUUGGGAUGGUGGCCCAUAUGAUGUACACCACAGUCUUUCAGAUGACAGUCAUUGUGGGCCCCAAAGACUGGAGGCCUCAGACCUGGGACUACGGCUGGUCAUUUGCUCUUGCCUGGGUAUCCUUUAGUUGCUGUAUGGGCGCCGCCGUGGUCACACUCAACUCCUACACAAAGACCAUCAUCGAGCUCCGUCGCAAGCAGAGGCUCCGCCUGGAGGAAGCGAGAGCCGCCACUCAUGCUCCAUCCUAUGACGAGGUCGUUCCUGGUGGCGGGCUCUACUCUGUCAGUGGCCUAUUGCAGUGUCCAGACGGCAUGAUUGAUGUGGCGUGGGCUCCAAACGGCAGUGUGGUUGGAGUGGGAAAUGGGGAUAUACCGACUCUGGUUUUAGUAGGAGGCUGCGGGCCAGAGGGAUGUGAAGACUGUGAGAGAGAGAUGGAUGAGAUGGAGGAUGUCAUGGACCGUGUAUAUUCACCUUGUUAGGGGAUCAUUUAUAUCCAAAAACUGACAGAGGAAGGACACUGUCAACGUGCGGGAGAAGGAUCAAUGUGAGCAUACUUUGACUAUAAAAUGAAGUUGGGACAUACUGAUUGCACUUCAAAGCCAGUGGAAUCAACAUGUAAAGACUACAGUGCAUGCAUAGGUCACAGUGACAUGCAAGACUACAUAUUUUCUGGGUAUUUCUCAGUGCCUCGUGGCAGGAAAGUCUCUACAUGUAAAUGCAUAUCUAUGUUUUUUAUUAAUUAUUUUAUUGUUUAUAUAUUAACAUGCAUUGCAUCAAGACAAUGUGAUCAUUAUACUGCACAGACGGGAUGGAUGCUUCUUCUCCUGUUGAAACCUAAUCAGAACUCCCUGUUAUUUAGAGUAAAUAUGCAAAAGCUUCUCAUUUAUCGGUGGGACAUUCAACAUGUUUUAUGUCUUUUCAAGCUCGUCUUCUUUCUCUUGUGACUAUCUUUUUAUGCAAUGCCUGUGUACCAGAAGCUACAAACAAACACAGCCUCUCUGCAGAUGCACAGACAAACCCCUAGGAUAGACACACAGAGAUAGAAAGAUUACAGAGAUUUUGAAAAGUCUGCUCUCUGAUGUUGAACAGAAGAUUAUGUGUAAACCAGUAAUCCCGAGUUGGAUGGAAAGAAGGAGGAAAAGAGUGAGGAGAGAUGGAAGGGAUGGAGAGGGAGAGGGCUGCGUGGGGGGGUCAGAAUGAAAGUUGGAAAGAAAUGCAGGAAUGCACACCCACUAGACAAUUUGUACCAUGCACCAUGAAAAAAAUCACACUUUCAGGGAAAUAACUGUUUAUGAGUGGAUAUUACAUUCUGCUAUUUACUGGGUUUAACGUAAAAUUAUAAGCGCAACAAUUUCUAAAGAUAAAUAAAUGUACCUACGUUUACCUUAAAUGUCUGUAGGUUAUACAUGUGGGAUAAUCCUGGAUUUUCUGUUUGGGAUAAAUACAAUUGAAAACCUACGACAUAAAGCACCAUUUUUGUCAUUCACCAGCAUUAUAUUAUACAGUAUGUUUCUAGGUCAUAGAAGAAUUUGUUGUUUUUUGGGAAAGAUAAAUAAAGCAAUUUUCAAUGCAAA